AUGGCCACAGCUGCCUCGAAUCCCUACAGCAUUCUCAGUUCUAGCUCCCUAGUCCAUGCGGACUCCUCGGGUAUGCAGCAGGGGAGUCCUUUCCGAAACCCUCAGAAACUUCUCCAAAGUGAUUACUUGCAGGGAGUUCCUAGCAAUGGGCAUCCUCUCGGGCAUCAUUGGGUGACCAGUCUGGGCGAUGGAGGCCCGUGGUCCUCCACACUGGCCACCAACCCUCUGGACCAGCAGGACGUGAAGCCCGGGCGCGAAGAUCUACAGCUGGGUCCGAUCAUCCAUCACCGCUCACCGCACGUCGCUCACCACUCUCCGCACACUAACCACCCGAAUGCCUGGGGGGCUAACCCAGCUCCGAACCCGUCCAUCACGUCCAGCGGCCAACCCCUUAACGUGUACUCGCAGCCUGGCUUCACAGUGAGUGGCAUGCUGGAGCACGGAGGGCUCACCCCACCACCAGGCUCUGCCUCUGCACAGAGCCUACACCCCGUGCUCCGGGAUCCCCCAGACCACAGCGAUCUAGGCUCGCACCACUGCCAGGACCACUCAGACGAGGAGACACCAACCUCGGAUGAGUUGGAACAGUUCGCCAAACAGUUCAAACAAAGAAGAAUCAAGUUGGGCUUCACGCAAGCCGACGUGGGGCUGGCGCUGGGCACACUGUAUGGCAACGUGUUCUCACAGACCACUAUCUGCAGGUUUGAGGCCUUGCAGCUGAGCUUCAAGAACAUGUGCAAGCUGAAGCCGCUGUUGAACAAGUGGCUGGAAGAGGCCGAUUCGUCCACGGGGAGCCCGACCAGCAUUGACAAAAUCGCCGCUCAGGGCCGUAAGCGCAAGAAGCGAACCUCCAUCGAGGUGAGUGUCAAGGGCGUUCUGGAAACGCAUUUCCUCAAGUGUCCCAAGCCUGCGGCGCAGGAGAUUUCCUCGCUGGCAGACAGCCUUCAGUUGGAGAAAGAAGUGGUGCGUGUCUGGUUCUGUAAUCGAAGACAGAAAGAGAAAAGAAUGACUCCACCAGGGGAUCAGCAGCCACAUGAGGUUUAUUCGCACACGGUGAAAACAGACACGUCCUGCCGCGAUCUCUGA